UGUCAUUACAGUAUUAAGUCAUCCUGAUUAAAUACUGUUAAAAAUUUAUUGGACAAAUUGUCACUAAACUUUUUUAUUAACAUAACAAAUAAAAAAUUGUAAUCUUUUCAAAAUAAAGAGUAUAUAAGUUUUCUCCGUUAGAAUACUUUAUCCUGUUAUAACAUCAACUUAUUCAAAAAAAGUUAGAGGAAUUAACUUUCUGCUAACUAUGGAUUUUCGACAUUUUCUGUUUUUUCUAUUAUUUUCAAUAACUUCCAAUUCCGCAAGACAUUUAGAUGACAAUAACCAAGUUUUGAUUCAAUGUAUUCCAAUAGAUAAAUACUACAAACAACAAAUGAAGGGGAUCAUUGUUCAUACCAGUAAAGUAAACAUUAAUUACUGUGGUUCCCAAACACAGUUUAUAGAGAUAUUUGCUGAAGAAAAAGUUAUUAUCGACAAAGAUAUUAUUUUGAAAGGCAGGCAGAUACAGUUAGCAAUAAUUGCUCCUAUUUGGGAAGUAAAUGAUAAUCGAGAAAUUAAUUUAGAUGGAAUAGAUGCCGUGGAUUUUAAAAAACCAGCAGCUGAUGGUAAUGACUCCGGAAAUAAACAUGGAGAAGAUGGAAAUGCAGGCUUACCGGGAGGAUCUGCCGGAAGUUUCUAUGGUGUUACAAAAGAAAUUAUAAAUGAAAAUCGUUUAAUUAUUUUUGCAAAAGGUGGCCUAGGAGGAAAAGGACAAAUGGGUGGCCAUGGUGCUAAUGGCAGAGCUGGUGUCGGUUUAAGGGAUAAAAAUGCAUUUGACUGUGAUACAGAAAAGGUAAAGGGAUUUAAAGUGUCAAAAAAUGGUAAUGUAAAAUUGAUACAUCUGGCAGGACAUAUACAACGACAAUAUACUGUAGAGGGACAGACUGGAUCAAGUGGUGGAAGAGGAGGAAAUGGUGGCGUUAAGGGAUUAGGAGGCUAUGCAGGAAAUGUUCUUCUCUUCGAUUUAUCGAAAAGUGAUGGUUACAGUUAUGUUGUAAUCAAUGAGUUUAAUGGUUUAAAUGGUUCUGAUGGAGUUAGGGGAAUUGGAGGAUUUGGAGGCCAAAAUGGAGAAUCAGUAGAUAUUAAAUGUGACAAGGUUAGUGCAUUUAGUUCAUAUACAACAACACUCACACCUUUGGGACUUACUAAAGAAUCGGGACCAAGGGGUGCAGAAGGACUUACUGGAGAAAGUUUAAGAAUGCGUCAAUUGCCCAAGACAACAAUCAUUAUACAAAACUUCCCACAAACUAUAAAUGAGUAUAAACUUUACAUCAGAUCUAGAUUGAAUAAAAUUGACAGUAAUAAACCAGUGCAUUCUUUUUAUGAUUCAUUAAACAGUCGACAGGAAAUUACUAAGCUCUAUGAUGCUAAAAGUUUAGUUGACGAAUUUACAGGAUUAGAAUCACAAUAUUUUCUCUUGGAAGAUCGAGACUAUCUUACAUCAUCAUACGUUCAUUUGUCUGGAAGAUUUCAAGAUUAUUUAAAUAAUGCAAAUUAUGCUAAAGAAAAUGAUAGGGCUUAUAAGGAUAUUCUAAGAACUUUGCAAUGGCUUAUACAGGAAAGAAUUGCAGUGAUCCAGGAACCAAAAGGGUAUACCGUACUAACAAAUAUUGCUGAUAGCUACAACUCUAAUGGAAUAGUACCAAAAGAAGUAUUAUCAGAAAUUGAGGAUGUGUACUAUAAAGUAGAAGCACUUAAUGAUAGAAUAAAUAGCAUAGACAAUCUUACAAAUAGGGCCAAAGAUUUGAUAAAGAAUGAGCUACAAGUUUCCAUGAAAGACUUACAGAAUACAUUAGAUACAAAAAUAGAUACACUGUUAAAGGAGAUUACAGAAUUAAUUAAAUCAACAAUCAAGAAAGAGAAUGAAUUAAUAGAAAAGCGUCAAGAGUUACAAACUACAAUGCUGUUAAAAGGUAUAUUUGGGAUUUUGAAAAUCACUUGCGGAGUAGUAUCAGUUUUAAAUCCAGCACUCGGAGUAGCAGCUGCUGCAGGCACAUCAGCAUUAUCAGUUGCUGAAUCAUUUAUCACAGACACUAAUAUCACGGCACAAGUUACAGAAAUUGGUAAAAUAGGUCAGGUAGUAACAAGUGCCUCAGACAAAUUUCUAGAAGGUAUUGAACCGAAACAACGAGAAACAGUCUUUAACAAUCAUAUAUCGAAUAUGGUGAAGAACAUGUCAAAUACCGGAAAAGAAAAUGUUAGAAAAAUGAAAGAUAAACUCAUCAAUAUUUUCAAAGGAGAAAAAACCGAACAAGUGUUUCAAACCGAACAAUUUGAACCAAUGUUAACAAGUUACAAAUCAUAUAAAUUCGAUUCAGAUUUUCAAGAUGAAGAAAUAUCUAUUAACAAUAAUAUUCGACAGGCAAAUAGAAAUAAUGAUAUGAUAAAGUUAAAUGAUUGCAAAAUUCAAUUAAACGUAUUAAAAUUCAUAAAAGUAAGUAAUGAAGUUUUGUCAACUGGAUCUGCUACUAUGGUAAACAUUAUGACAGAUGUAACAAAAGUUAAUGAAAUUGACAAAACAUUAAAAUCAAAUGCGGAUAAUUUGAAAAAAUUGUACAAUACCGAAGAAGGUAUAUACAGUAAAACACAACCUAUGAUUGAGAAAAUAUUUACCGAUAUAAAUCAAGUCAAACAUAACAUGAAUAAAAUGGAUAGAAGUGAAAUUGUAGUUGCUAAUUGGAAAGUUCUUAGCACUAUAGAAGAAGUACAAAGAAAAUUGAACGAAACAUUUCAACGAUUUAACACAACUGAUGAUAUAAACUGGACUCUUCAAAAACUCUCCAAAACCUUUCAAGUUAUAACCAACAUUCACAUAGUGAUAACACAAAAUUAUGAUCGAAUAUCAGAAUCAAAGUUCGUAGGAGUUAUGCAUUUACCUAAACAGAGUAGAAUAUUGAGCAAAGAUCAUAAAUUUUCAGCGUCAGUGGCUCAAUUGAAAAAAGUCUUUCAUCAAAAUAAAUUAAAAGACAUGUACAAGGAAUGGAUUUAUGCCUUUAAGCAGUAUUCUUUUCCAAAAGGAGGAGAAUUUUUACAAGAAACUGGAUGGCCAUAUUCUUUCGUAGACAAGGAUGUGAAUCAAAUUACAGAAGAAAUAAAGGCGAAUAUUGAUAAUUUUCUGAAAUAUUUUACUGUGGAAAAAGAGAAAAGAAAAUUAGUGGAGAACAUCAAAGCAGAUCAAUAUAGAGGCAGCUGUAGUACAGAUGGAAAAGCUUUCUUUGUUUGGAAAAAAGAAAAUAGUAAUCAAGUAAUUGCUAAUAUUUUAAGAGGUCAUAAGACGACAAUAGUUUCAAAAGGAUCCGCUGGUUCGAUUGACUCUUUAAAAUUCAACAAGAUUGGAAUUGUUUUUACCUCAAUGGAUAAUGCAGUUCAAAAUAAAUUGUUUACCGUUUUAAGUACGUUUAGAGUGAAUUUAACACAUCACGGGGACUCUACUUAUAAAUUUAAUAACAAAUAUUUUAUCAUUGAAACCAAACCAAUUAAUUUAGAUUUUAAAUAUCCUAAGGAAAGAAAUCAAAUUUCUAGUUUUUCGCCACCUUUACAUGAAGAAUUUGGUAAUGGUGAUUGCGUGUUAAGUCCAUAUGCAACAUGGACUGUUGAACUUAUUCCCGAAGGUGCAUAUGAUUUAACAUUACUGGAGGGUUUUAUUGGUAGAGUAGAUUUAGAAUUAAUUGGAGAAGCUAAUUCAUUCAAACCUGACAGAUGUGGUAAAUUGUGUCAAGAUACAAUGACCACAGCUUACAAACUCUUAGCGGAAUAAUAAUUCUUUUAUCAACUGUUAACAACUUAUUUUUUAAAACCUAUGGAACAUUAUAUGUAGAAUGUCUAUGUAGGUUGAUUAUCCAAAUAAGAGAAUGAAAUAUUAUGAAAUAACUUGUACUUGUUAAGAAUUAUGUUAAAUAGGUUUAAAUAAAAAAAUUAUACAGCAA